AUGAACAUGAACAUCGACGACAUCCUCAACGAAUUUGAAAACUCCACUUCCACAAAGUCGUCCAGAGACUUGGAUAACCAAAGUCUGAUCCGUUGCUGGGUGAAUGAGAGACUCACCCCCGAUUUGCUCAUAUAUGAAGCUGACCUCGUGGAUAGGAUGAUGGAGAGGGUAAGGGCCCAGAUCGAGUUUAUUGAGUUGAACUCGAUUGAAUUGCAAAAUGAGAAGGAAAUCAAGCUGACUCUAGUUAUUGUGGAGAGUGAGCUCAAUAGGAUUAAUUUUCUACUGAGAUCGUACCUAAGAACAAGACUUUCGAAGAUAGACCGGUUCUCCAUCUUCAUACGGUCUGAGGCCUCGGAAGUGAAGAAACUCUCGAAUGACGAGUACGUUUACAUGGAGAAUCAUCUGAAGUUGCUGUUAGAUCUUUACAACACCACGUUUUUGGGGAAGUUGCCGGAAACGCUGCAGAAGAUUGACGAUACCAGUGGAGGUUUGUCAAUGAUAACGAGGCCGGACUUGAAGACGGUUGUUUUUAUCAGGGCUCUGGAGAAUAACGACAUCACAGUGGACGAUGAGCCGGUAGAGUUGAUAAAGGGGGGAAUCUAUGCGUUGAGAUAUGAAGCGAUCAAAGACUUGUUUGAGAAGAAGGCGGUGGAGAUCAUAUAG